CUACGGUAUUUUCAGAUCUUAAGCUGGAGAAAUUAAUUAUUGGUUCAAGAACAGAUAUAAAAUCAUACGAGACAGCUGAACAACUUUAUAAAUCACCAAAAGUGGAUCAUCCCAAAACCAUUCAAGAACAAAAAGAUAUGCUUCUUAAGUCAGAAAAGGUUUUAGCCGAUUAUCUUCUUGAACAUCCUGAUAAAUUUGAUAAAAUUGCGGAGAUCAUACUCAGCACUAACGCUAACCAACGUCAGUGGGAAGCAAUCAAACAGGUUGACUUAGUUUCAAGGUUACAGGAAAUUAAAGUUCCAACCCUGAUAGUUCAUGGUGAAGUUGAUGAAAUCAUUCCUAUUGAUGAAGGUGAACUGCUUGAUCGUGAAAUUCCUAAUACACAAUUUCAUAGGAUUCCUAAAGUUGGGCAUGC